CUCUCUUCCGCGGCUGCGCCGAGGAGGCGGGCGGAGCCAGAGCAGCGAAGGCACAGCACGGAUGAGGCGCAUGCGCGGUGCUGGACGGCGCUGGAGCUGCGGGCCCGGCGCGGGCUCGCGGAGGGGCCGGGGGGCAGCCGUUGGCGGAGGCGAGGCGGCGUGCGGCUGGCGGGGCCUGGCGGGCGGCUCGCCGCAGCAGCUGGCGGAGCGAUACGCGGACUUGGCCGCCAGCCACAGCGAGGCGGUGCGGGCCCGCGAGGAGCGGGAGCGCCAGAACGUGCGGCUGCGGGACGAGAACGCGCGGCUGCGGCUGGAGAACCGCCGGCUGAGGCGGGAGAACCGCAGCCUCUUCCGCCAGGCGCUGCUGGGGCCCGGCCCGGAGCCCGACGCGCCGCCCCGCCCGGGCUCCGCCCCCGAGCAGCAGGAGGAGGAAGCGGCGCUCGCGGCCCAGCUGCGGCGGCUGCAGGAGAGGCACCGCCGGGCCCUGCAGCAGCUGCGGCGCCGCCGAGCCCAGGACGGGCUGGAGGAGGACGGGGAGCUGGAUGAGCUGCUGCGGGAGUUGGACGGGGAGCAGCAACAGCCCCCGGGGCAGCAGCCGCCGGAGAAGAAGAGCCUGGUGCCGCCCCUAUAACCAGGGGGAGGCUGACGGGGCUCCGCAGUGGUUGGAGGACCCCCCCCACAGCCAGGUCACUGGGGUGAGGAGCCCCUAUCACUCUCUCCAGCCCCCCUUUGCUACCUGAGGCGGACCCAGCCGGCUGCACCCUGGGGCCGCCUCACAGCGGGGCUCCUCUGCCCUACAGGUUUUUGGGGUCCCAGAAGUAGGCACGGGAGCUUUCUGCAGGAGAAGCCACAGCAUCUGGCGGAGGCCCCAAGGAGCCCCACGCAGCAGGAGGGAAAGGGCCUCACAGCAGCAGGUGCCUCGUGCCCUUGGAUGUUGAGGAGAAGUUUGUCCUAGAGGGAGAAAUGGAUUCUGGACUUUGCCGCCUCCUGGCAUUGCCCUGUCUGCCUUCUCUGCUUUGAUUUGGACCUGUGUGUCUAGUUAUUUUUGUGCAGGAGUGAACAAAUCUCAUAGAGGCCAUAAUAGCCCUGUAGAUGACCCAACAAUGGCACAUUUGUUAGCCUGCUACUAGGUUUUAGUACCCAUGUAUAUCAGUUUGAAAAAAUGAAAAGUUUAUGUGCCAGAUUUAUUUUGACAGCACUUUAAAUGAUAGCUGAUAAUCCUCGGGAUCCUUCUGAAUUGGUUGGAUAUCAUCUGCAACUCCAUUCUCUGUAUAUCUUUGACUUGAUUUGUUCAUCCUUGUCUGUUGCAUAAUUGGUCUAGACAUGGCACUUCCAAUUCAUAAAACUACAGGUCAUACUAAAUAAAUCCUUGACACACCAAAA